UUCACAGAUGACAGAUGCUUGCUGGUACCCCCUGCUGCUACGCUGCUCUAGUUGGCUGACUGGAUAUGUACAGACUGACACAUCUAGCAACACCUCCAGGUGUGCUUAUGAGAUGUUCCCCUGGUCAGCAGUGUUUUCUCUGGAGCCGAAAGUGCCUGGACAGCGUACGGCAGAAGAACUAGUCACCAACACCCUGAUGCUGGAGCUGGGUGCCAUGGUGAAGCGCACCGAACGUAUCCGCCUGGAAAGGGUGACAAAAGAGGGCCGGCGCCGGCGCAGCUCUUCCUCCGCUGACUACAGCUGGCUGGCCACUGCCCCCACCCACCAACCCUACGAGCUGACCCCCCGAGACCUGAUAGAACUGCAGGACCUGUGUGCCAGGGUGCCACCGUCUCAGUGUGGCCCUGUCAUUGUUAGGUUCAGGAAUCUGGUGACGGAGAUUGAGCCGGAGGUUCACGAGGUGGCUCGUCUGUUCCGCACGGUUCUACGUGACUGUGUGGAGGGAGAAGAGGAGAACGAGGAGAUGAGGAUGAGGUCAGCCGGCUGGGACAAACAACGCAGCAAGAGCCUCUCCUUUGUAUCCUUCCGCUCCAAGUUCCGCCCCGCUCCCUUCAGGGGUGGGGGCCUGGGCGGGUCACGUGGCAACCUGCAGGAGGAGUCGAGCUGGUACGAAGAGGACGAGGUGGAGCAGCAGGAGGGAGCAGCAAACGUGGCGAGAGCGGCCAGGAAGGGGAGGAGCAUGAGCAUGCCUGAUAUCACCCCCAUCGAACAGAGUGCACUUGGCUGAGGGAGAGAGCGGGAGGGAGGGAUGGAGAAAGAGAAUAGGAGAUGAGAGAUUGAUAGGGGAGAAGGUCAAGAUGAAA